AUGUCAUUUUUUAUUGGAAUCGAAGGGGGUGCGACCAAAUCAAGUGGCGUUUUGGUGGAUGGAAAGAAUGGAGAGAUAUUAAAAGAGAUAACUGGUGGUCCAGCAAAUGUUCGGACUGAGGAUUUAUCAACAGUCAUCUCUCGCUUGGAAAAAAUAAUGAAGUUUCUAUACAUGAGUUCUUCUUCCGACGUUCCCAUCACCGGCAAGGUCUCCCUCGGCCUCACCCUCGCCGGAGCUUCUCAAGAAGACAUUCAAGCAAAAAUCGCAGUUGAAAUCAAACAAAGAGUCAAGUUCAUUGAUCGAAUAAUAAUCAACACAGAUGCUGUUGCUCCUGUUUUUAUGAGUCAAAAGAAAGGGACCGUUUUGAUUUGCGGAACUGGCAGUAGUUGCUUGUUUGUGACGGAAGAUGGGAUACAGAAGAGAAGUGGAGGGCUUGGUCACAUGUUAGGAAUUGGCGAUGAAGGAUCCGCUUUCUGGAUAGCCACAAAAGCCAUUAAGUCAGUUCUCGACAAAGCCGAUGGAAUCCCAAACAAUGUCCUUGAUACCACCCUUAUCGAAGCCGAAAUAAAAAGCUACUUCAAAAUUGAAGACCUCAAAGAGCUAAUAAAAAUCUACCAGGAAAAUUUUGAUAAGGGAAAAAUUGCUGGUUUCACCGCGAAAUUGGCCGCAAUUGCAAAAGAAAAAGACGAUCCAGUUGCAAAAAUUUGCUUUGCAUCAGCUGGAGGUGAGUUGGCAAAAUUGGUCGUUUCGAUGGAAGAUACUCUUGAAAUCGGAGAAGAAGAACCACCGGAGAUUCUGUGCCAGGGCUCAGUUUGGAAUUCAUGGGAGCUUUUGAAGGAAUCUUUUAUCCAAGGAAUGAAAUUGCAUUCAAAACUGACUGCGCUUUCUCUGGUGCGAGUAUCUGUCUCCUGUGCUUAUGGAGCUGCAAGAUUUGCCUCCAUCAAACUCACGGAUGCGCCGCUCGACUCAAAGUUGACAUUUAACCUCAUCGAAACCGUUCAAAUACAACGAGAAAGUCCUGUUCUUUAA